AAAAGCAUACCAUGUAAACACAGAGCUCUGUUGCUCUCUUCCUCAUAUAUACAACCUUUCCAUUUAUGCAUUUCCAAUCUUCUCCUUGGAAUUAAAAUUCCAAAAAUGGCAGUGUCGGCUGAUCAUUGCCGGAUUUCGCUCUCCGCCCCCAGCCAACUGUGUGGGGCUGCCGGGUUUUCGGGGAGGAGGCAGAGGGUUGUGAAGUUUUGCAAUGGAGACUUGAUGGGGAAGAAGCUGAACCUGACCCAGCUUCAGCUUGGAGCUGCUAAUGUUAAAAAGAACGGUGGGGUUGGGAAACAUGUUUGCAUGUCUCUCACUACCGAUGUGCCAGUUGGCGAGGCCAAGUUGAGGGACAUAGAUAUAGAGAAGCGGGACCCACGGACAGUUGUUGCGAUCAUACUGGGAGGUGGAGCUGGGACUCGGCUUUUCCCACUCACCAAGAGGCGUGCCAAACCUGCUGUCCCAAUAGGGGGAGCAUACAGGCUGAUUGAUGUGCCAAUGAGCAACUGCAUCAACAGUGGAAUCAACAAAGUUUAUAUCCUCACUCAGUUCAACUCAACAUCACUCAACAGGCAUAUUUCCCGCGCUUACAACUUUGGCAGUGGCACCAGCUUUGGCGACGGCUGUGUAGAGGUUCUAGCAGCAACUCAAACUCCAGGAGCGGCAGGCCAGAAGUGGUUCCAGGGUACUGCAGACGCCGUGCGGCAGUUCCAUUGGCUUUUCGAGGAUGCAAGAAGCAAGGAUAUUGAGGAUGUUCUGAUCCUGUCUGGUGAUCAUUUGUAUCGAAUGGACUACUUGGACUUUGUUCAAAAUCAUAGGCAGAGUGGUGCAGAUAUUACCAUUUCUUGUUUGCCGAUGGAUGACAGCCGAGCCUCAGAUUUUGGUCUAAUGAAGAUAGAUAAGAAAGGACGGGUCCUAUCGUUCAGCGAAAAACCUAAAGGAGACGACCUGAAGGCAAUGGCAGUAGAUACAACCGUUUUGGGACUUUCUGUGGAGGAGGCUCUAAAGAAACCAUACAUUGCUUCCAUGGGAGUGUAUGUCUUCAAGAAGGAGAUACUUCUGAAUCUUUUAAGAUGGCGUUUUCCGACUGCAAAUGACUUUGGAUCAGAGAUAAUCCCCGCCUCAGCUAAAGAAUUCUUCAUUAAGGCUUAUCUGUUCAAUGAUUACUGGGAAGACAUAGGGACCAUCAGAUCCUUCUUUGAGGCAAACCUUGCCCUCACCGAGCAUCCAAACAAGUUCAGUUUUUACGAUGCAGCAAAGCCGAUGUAUACUUCAAGAAGAAACUUGCCUCCAUCAAAGAUUGACAAUAGCAAGAUCGUUGACUCCAUCAUAUCACAUGGAAGUUUCAUAACUGAUAGCUUUAUAGAGCACAGUGUUGUCGGUAUCAGAUCUCGAAUAAACUCAAAUGUACACUUAAAGGACACAGUAAUGCUUGGUGCUGAUUACUAUGAAACCGAUGCUGAAGUGGCAUCACUAUUAGCUGAAGGAAGAGUUCCUGUUGGAAUUGGAGAGAACACAAAAAUCAAAGACUGCAUCAUUGACAAAAAUGCAAGAAUCGGCAAGAAUGUUGUUAUUGCAAACUCAGAGGGCGUACAGGAGGCUGACAGAUCUUCUGAAGGGUUUUACAUCCGAUCUGGUAUAACCAUCAUAUUGAAAAAUUCGGUCAUCGUAGAUGGACUUGUGAUCUAAACUAUCCCUCCAUCCUUUUUAGUUUUUGGGUAUAUUAGGAUGGAUUGGAACUAAAAGAGAGAAAUGCAAUGUGAAUCACCAUGUAUACUCAUAUCAGUAGAGCAAGACACUUAUGAUGCGGAUGUGUAUAAACCUUGUUAUCAAAUACAUUAAGCAGCUAUAUUUUGCAAGCUAA